UUAGAGAGACCAUGGCAAUAUUGCAACAUACUUUGUUUAUAUGUCUCUCGGUGUUUUGUAUGACAAGUGUGGCUUCUUCACACAGCAGGCACUACACCACUCCCAGCGUUCCACGUUUAACAGACUUGCUUAGCCAUGUCUCAGUUGAUACGGGUUUUUCUAAAUUUUUUGGUGGACCAAAUAUAAAGUUGAUCAACAAUGGGUCCAUGGCCACUCUUGCUCUCGACAAAACCUCAGGGUCAGGAUUGGUUUCCAGGAACAAAUAUUACUAUGGAUUUUUCAGUGCAACAAUAAAGUUGCCUGCAGGUCUCACAUCUGGAGUCGUGGUAGCCUUCUAUUUGUCUAAUGCAGACAUGUAUCCUCACAGCCAUGAUGAGAUUGAUAUUGAACUGCUUGGGCAUGAUAAGAGAAUUGACUGGGUACUCCAAACAAAUGUCUAUGCAAAUGGUGUCAGUACCGGAAGGGAAGAGAAAUUUUAUUUCUGGUUUGAUCCAACACAGCAGCACCAUUACUACAGCAUUCUCUGGAACAGCCACCAUAUAGUGUUCCUUGUGGAUAAUAUACCAGUGAGAGAGUUCCCAAACAACGGCAAAUUCUCUACCGCAUAUCCAUCAAAGCCAAUGUCGCUUUAUGUAACCAUAUGGGAUGGGUCGCAAUGGGCAACUCAUGGAGGCAAAUACCCUGUCAAUUACAAGUAUGCCCCAUUUGUAGCUUCGUUUGCGGACAUGGAAAUGGCUGGCUGUAUAACAAAUCCUCCGCAGCCCGGUUCAUCUUGUUCCAACUCCAGCCUUUCAAGCAUGGACCCCGUCGGAGGACCUGACUUUGUUAAGCUAUCAAAUCAACAGAUAACCGCCAUGGAUUGGGCAAGAAGGAAGCUCAUGUUUUACUCAUACUGUAAAGAUACAUCCAGAUUUAAAGUCUUGCCUCCUGAAUGCACGUAAAAGAAUGAUACAAUUAUACAUACCUGAAGUUUUUCUUUUCAUUUUUUUUUCUUCAUAUUAAUUAUAUACCAACAAGGAGCAAAUGAAC